CGCUGACGGCGGAGGGGACGCGCCCAGUUUGUUACUGCUUCCAGUGAGCGAGGCGGACGGGGGAGCGGCGCUGGCGGACCGCGGACGUCGGCAGCGACUGUAACGACCGCUCGGCUGUGGUGCGGAGGAAGAGCGGAAGGUCUCUCCCGCCCGCGACGACGGCUCCAGCCAUGGACGACCAGGCUGGCCCCGGCGUCUUCUUCAACAACAACAACAACAACGCGCUGCUUUUGCCGCCACCUCCGGGCGGGGCCGGGCCGGGGUUGGAGUCGGGAGAAGCGGCGGCUGCGGCGGCGGCUGCGGCGGCCGCCGCUGGCAGCGCUUCGGCAGGGCCGGCUCCGGCCUCUGCAGCGCGGGCUCAAUACAGCGUCCCCGGCAUCCUGCAUUUCCUGCAGCACGAGUGGGGCCGCUUCGAGGCCGAGAGAGCCGAGUGGGAGGCGGAGCGAGCCGAACUGCAGGCUCAAAUUGCUUUCCUUCAAGGAGAAAGAAAAGGUCAAGAGAAUUUGAAGAAGGAUUUAGUGCGAAGAAUAAAAAUGUUAGAAUAUGCUCUUAAACAAGAACGAGCUAAAUAUCACAAAUUAAAAUAUGGUACAGAGCUGAACCAGGGAGAUAUUAAGCCACCAAAUUAUGAUUCUGAUGAAGGAAAUGAAACUGAAGUUCAGUCACAACCCAAUAGUCAAUUAAUAUGGAAACAAGGGCGACAGUUACUCAGACAAUACCUGCAAGAGGUGGGAUAUACUGACACAAUCCUGGAUGUGAAAUCAAAACGAGUACGAACGUUGCUGGGUCUCUCAGGUGAUGGUCCAGAAAGGGAAACUGACAAAAACCAAGAAUCAAUGGUGAACGGCACUGAUGUUGAGAUUAAACAAAAAGUGAUGAUUGGAAAACCAGAUUUGACAGAUUCUGCCUCUCUGCUAGAAACAUUUAAAUUCCUUGAAAAUGCUGCUGCAGAAUUUAGCGAUGAAGAGGAAGAUGAUGAUAUUGAUGGAAGAGAGCGAACAAUCAUGGAUACAUCAACGAUUAUGAGAAAAAGAGUUCUGCCUGAAAAUAAUGAAGACAGAGAUACCGAAGAGGCCCUGAAGGAAUUUGAUUUCCUAGCCACAUCUGAUGAAGGAGAUGGGGAAUCCAGAAGUUCAGGAGACGGUACAGACUGGGAAAAGGAAGACCAGUGUCUCAUGCCUGAAGCCUGGAAUGUGGACCAGGGAGUAAUAACCAAACUGAAGGAACAAUACAAAAAGGAGCGCAAGGGGAAAAAGGGGGUGAAGAGAAAAACUACCGAAGAUAUGUUUCAGCCUCAGUCCUUUAUAAAACAAUCAAAACAGGGAUGUGGGAAAAUGAUGGAGCAAAACACAGGACCCAACAGGUCAAAACUGCAAGAUAUGCUUGCUAAUUUGAGAGAUGUUGACGAUCUCCCUGCAUUACAGCCUUCUGUUGUGCCACCCACGCGACCCAGUACUUCGCGGCUUAUUGAGCAAGAGAUAAAUCGAACAGAUGAAGUAGAAGCUUUAACAUUCCCUCCUUCUUCUGGGAAAUCUUUCAUUAUGGGAGCAGAUGAGGCCCUUGAGAGUGAGCUUGGCCUUGGGGAAUUGGCAGGCCUUACAGUAGCCAAUGAAGCAGAUUCACUGACAUAUGAUAUAGCAAACAAUAAAGAUGCUCUGAGGAAGACUUGGAAUCCCAAGUUUACUUUAAGGAGCCAUUUUGAUGGAAUAAGGAGCCUGGCUUUCCAUCCAAUUGAACCAGUGUUAAUUACUGCUUCAGAAGACCAUACAUUAAAAAUGUGGAAUUUGCAAAAAACGUCUCCAGCAAAAAAGAGCACCUCACUUGAUGUUGAACCUAUCUAUACUUUCAGGGCACAUAACAGUCCAGUGCUUUGCGUAGUUAUGAGUAACAAUGGUGAGCAGUGUUACAGUGGAGGCACUGAUGGCCUCAUCCAGAGUUGGAAUACUACAAAUCCAAAUAUUGAUCCUUAUGAUUCAUAUGAUCCUUCCAUCUUAAGAGGUGCACUUGUAGGCCACUCAGAUGCAGUCUGGGGUUUGGUUUAUAGUGGAACACACCAGCGUUUGCUCUCCUGUUCAGCAGAUGGCACCAUACGUUUAUGGAAGGCUUUGGAGAUCUCUCCUGCUUUAAAUAUAUUUAAUGAUAAUCAAGAAAUGGGAAUUCCAUCAUCUGUGGAUCUAGUGAGCAGUGACCCAAGCCUUAUGGUAGCAUCAUUUAACACUGGAUAUACAAGCAUUUUUAACAUGGAAACAAAACAACACAUUCUUACCUUGGAGUCCAACAUAGAUACUACAGUUAACACUUCUUGCCAAAUAAACAAAGUAAUCAGUCACCCAACUCUUCCAAUAAGCAUCACAGCCCAUGAGGACAGGCACAUUAAAUUCUAUGACAAUAACACAGGGAAACUGAUCCACUCUAUGGUAGCCCACUUGGAUGCAGUCACAAGUUUAGCUGUUGAUCCAAAUGGCUUGUAUUUGAUGUCCGGCAGCCACGAUUGUUCUAUUCGCUUAUGGAACCUUGAAAGCAAAACCUGCAUCCAGGAAUUUACAGCUCAUCGCAAAAAGCACGAUGAAUCCAUUCAUGAUGUGGCAUUCCAUCCCACCAAAUGUUACAUUGCCAGUGCAGGAGCAGACGCACUUGCCAAAGUCUUUGUAUGAUACAACACUUUCCUGUCCUUCUAGCUGCCUUGUACAUAUCUAUAAAUAUAUAUGUCUAUAUCUAUAAAAUAAGCUGUACAAAAGAUAAGAGCAAGAAUCUUCUUGUAAUCUUUAAUUCCGUGAAUGUUAGCAAUUGCUUCUGAUUAUAUGAUCUCAGUCCUGAGAGCUUGGAAGCUCCCUAUUUCAAGCGAUCUAUGGAAGAACCGUUUUAAUUUUGAAAGUGUCCUUUUUUGUCUAGGCUGGACUUGGGCAAAAUGAGAUGCUGUCUCAAUUUAUGCAACACAAAGGCUAACAGCUUUGUGUUUUAAUGGAUAAGCUUCUCCCAACCUGGUGUACUGUAAAUGUGUUGAGGCUGCAACUCUUAAGAGCUUCCAGACAGCACUUCUACAGGACAACAAGUUGGAGGAGGUAGCAAACAGAUCUUAAAUUACAAUGUUCCCCUUAUUGGAAAUUCAUGCAAUUCAGAUCCUUGAGACAGUUAAUUCAUCAUCUCCUUUUCUAGCACUGAAUGGUUAAAUGAGUCACAGAAUCUCAGCCUGAAGAGUCUUAUAAUAGACAGGUUGGAUUUAAAGUAUUGACUAUUUAAAAAUACGAAUGCGAUAACAUUUUCUAAAAUUAUGUUAAAAGAAGAUAGGUAAAAGGCUUAUAAAUGUAAAUUCUAUUGAAACUGUUGGAAAUGAAUGUUAACGGGUGGCUGGAACCACAGUAUAGCCUUUAAUGUAACUUCUUCUAAGAUGAUGGGGCAUAUGUUUACAAUAAGGAUCUUAUUAGUUUCAGAUGCUAAUGACUAUUCAUUGUAGAGCUAAAGAAUAUUACGUAUCUUUCCAACUACCCAACAAAUGCAAUUUCUAAAUUUUCCUCAUGGGGGUGAUUAUUGGUUUGGAAAAUAUAUAUAUGCUUUUUUCCUGCUUUCUAAACUAUACUGCAUCAGAAUAUAAUAAACCAUACAAGAGCAGUACUGUUUGGGAUAUGUGAGGUGAUUGACUUCUAUUUACCAUGGACAAAACCCAUAUGAAAUAACAAUGGUUUCCUGCCCCCUUCCAGUGAUUCCAUAAUGUUUGCCAAAACUGGGAGGGUUUAUGCCAAUGCAAGCUGCAAGUGUCCUAAGGUAGAUGGUGUUCUUCUAUAUCUGGGGUGUCAAACUCAAGGCCCGCAGACCAGCCUGGAAAUAUCAAGGACCACCCAACGGUGCCUCUGGAGGCUACAACGGGCUGUGUGCAGCCCCCCCUGUGCCUUGUUUUCACCCUCCAUGGCCCCCUGCAGCAUUCUGCUGGCUGAAAAUGGUCUGAAAAUGGCCCAAAAAAUGGGCCCAAAAUGGCCCCAAAAACCGGCCCAAAAUCACCCCCAAAAAACAGCUCAAGAAACAAGCUGAAAACGGGCCCAAAAAUGGGCCAUGGAGGGUGAAAAUGAAGUGCAGGAGCCCCCCGUGUUCCGUUUUGGCCAGCAGGGUGCUGCAGGAGGCAUCCAUCCCACCCCCCACCCCCACCAGCCUGUGGUGAAGAACUACAAUGCCAGCCCUCAAAGAAAUCCAGUGUGACACCCCUGUUCUAUAUGCAUUGUUCUCUCCCCUUGCCUGCUGCCCACAAUCGUCAUGGUUUUAUAUAGCAGGCCUUGAAGUGUUGGGAAUAUUUGACUGGAUUUGGUUUUUGAAAGUACUUGAAACUUAAAAAGAUUGGCCAUAUUUGGCUAUUAUGUUAUGGUACUAUUAACGGUUAUUUUUUUGUAGGUUUGUUACAAAAAACCCAAACCUGUUAUAGUUGUUUCCUCUCCUACAAAAACUUAUUAAAUAGGAAUAGCUGUUACACAUUCAUUAUUUUUGUGAUUUUGUGUCAAAGCAGAAAAUCCAACUACACAAAACACAUCUAUGUGUGACUGUUGUGUAUUUCCCUUUACUAGCUUGAUAUCCUUAUUUUUUAAAAGGAUAUUACAGAUGUUAAGCUGUGUAUAUUUUGUGUAUGUGUGUAUAUAUAUAUAUAUAUCUUUAUAUAUAUAUAUAAAUAUAUGACAGAGAUUGUAAACAGUAUAUAUUAUAAGUAAGGGAGAUUCUAUGGAUAAUUUCAAUGUUUUAGUACUGAAAGUUCUUGAGACUUAAUACAAAGGAUAAAACAUAAAUAGUAUAAAUACUGCUGAUGUUUAAAUUGCUGUACAUAUCACUAAUAGGUCAGCAUGUUUGAUUAAAUUAUGAAUGUAACAAAUGUUCCUGUUCAAAUAUUGAUAGAAGGAUGUGCCAUCCUGCUUAGUGAUUUUUUGAUCCAAGAGAAGUGACUUUUAAAACAGGUGAAUAGCCAGAGUUUUGAGGUGCCAUUGAGCAAACAAAAUGUAGCCUUAUGAGAUUGCGGGCUCUGUUGCAGAUUUUGUGUUUGUCUUUCAGAUUGCAUAUUAAAAUCUGCAUUGUACUAAAUACAAAUAUAUUCUGUUGCAGUUGAAAAAUAUCCUUUUUAAUUGAUAAACUGUUUCAUUUAUCUUGCAAUCUUGGAUUUCACUUCUGUUAUGCAUUCAUACUCAUUUUUAGAUCAGUUUGAUUAAUGUUCAAUGUGUAUCUUUUCUUUAUGUUAUUCAAAUUAAGUUCAUCACAUCAACUGCCUUCACUUAACAUACUGUAGUUGAAAUCAUGUCUAAUUAUUUAAAUGUUUUGCCUAUGCAGCUAACCAGGGAGAAAAUGCUGAGCAUAUGCUUGUCAUCUGAAGAUGUAGCUAUUGAUUUGUGAAGAACAGGAAGAAAUGUGUGAACUAGUGCUGCCCUUAGACCUUCCAUAAUUUAUUUCAAGAGCACAUUCUUUUCCCCUUGUUAUCUUUCCUUUUCAAAUAAGAGGGAGAAAAUUUAAGCCUCCAGUUGUUGUUUGAAGCAAAAAAAAAAAAAAAAGAUAUCUUAACUGCAUGCUAACUGAAACCCUGUACUGUAAAUCAACAAACUGAAAACACACAAUGGUAACCAUGUUUCAUAGUAAUAUGUGUGAUUUACAGGUACCAGUAUAUAUUUAUCCUGUUGGUCUUCUUAUUAAACCAAUCGUUUAAAGUGCUUGAAAAGUACAAAAGUGUAGCUUGGUUGUAGUUGGAUGGAUAUAUUUUAUUUCUUCUAGUAUAUUACUUGGCAUUUCAUUAACUGCCCUCCUGGACAAUAGACACAUUUGGAUUUUGCAUGUACAGAACAAUUUUUGUGCAUACAUGAAGUUAUAUUUUAGUACAUGACUUUUCGUUAAGCAUUAACAGAAGGGCAAUAGCUUAUGUUCUUUUUGCCAUAUUUUAUUUCAGAGAAUCUAGAGAAAUCUCUUAAUUUGAAUUCUUUUGAGUAUUUGGAUUUAAAUCUAUUACUUUGAGAUAAUUGGUAGUAUUGGUAGUACUAGAAGUGAUUUUCAUUCUUCAUCAGAAAACUGUGGUUCGUUUCUUGUGUUUUAUACUACAGCUAAACUGAAAUCAAAUCCCUCCCAAAAUAUAAAUGAAAUUCCUGAAAAAGAGUAGAAAUCCUUCUGCAUUUAGCAUGGUAACAGUAACUGUCAUAGACUGCUUCAAUAAAUAUGUACACGGAUCUACAUAGUUCAUGUGAUGAUCACUGUAAUUCAUGGAUACAAACCUUAAUAUUGGCUUGGAUCAAUAGAAAGAAGUAAUGAAGUAUGGGUGAUACUGAUCAUGAACCCCUCAAACUACUCUUCGAUUUGACAUAAUGUUGUUGUUUUUUCUUUAUAAAAAUGGCUUUUAUAAUUCCCUCUAUUUUCUUAUAUAUGUUUACUUAGAAGUACAUCCUCUAUGAUCAACAUGACUUACUCCAACAGAAACAUACAUAGAAUUUGCAAUAUUUUUAUUAUACUGGAAAUAGUUUUAAUAAUGCUUUGUAAUGCCAGUUUGCCUAAAUUUUGAUUAAAAUCAUUUAGGCUUCUGUUUCAUCAUAUUAGGAGAUUUUGCAUCAACAAAGAAAACGGUGAUGAUGCUAGAUUUUAGGAAUAUUUAUAACAAAGAAUUCUUCACUGAAUAUUACUCAAUAUCUGUCAGUUUUAGUCCAGGAGUUAUUCAUAAUUGUUAUAAAUAUGCACUUUAAAGUUGUCAAUAUAGUUUGUCAUUUGGUUAACAUCAACUAAAGAUGCAAAAAGUGGAACAUGCCAAUUGAGAAUUAGUAUAGCAAUUUAAAAAAUAAACUUUUUAAAAGCAAAUGGCACAAACUUUGUGAAGCAUCUUGAGUAAAUCUGUCUACCAAGAAAAUUUUCUUGUAAUUGUUAUUGCAAUUAAAUAUGAGGUAAAAGUGAUGUGGUAAUGAAGGUAGUAACUCUGGGUAGUUGCUAAUAAAGUGUGAAUGUUUUGUACAGUACUUGCAUUCUCUGUUGAAUAAAAUCUAAUGGACCUUUCUGUAGUAACACUAUACAGAGCAGCUUUACUAAACAUUGCAGCAACAAAUAAAUGUCCUUUGUAAUAUAUAUUUAUGUAAAUUGGGUGCUAAUAAAUACUAUUUUUCAACA